UCAGGCUUUGCUUCUUCAUAUUUUCCUGUAAUCCCCGUCUUCCCAACUUUGCAAAAGCUUGCCUACAAAAUACUUGGUAACCCUCUGAUCAUCCGAAUCGUUGUUAAUUUGUUGAAGAAAAAUGGAAGUAGAGAUGUCCCUGGCAGAUUGCUUGAUGAAGGUGCUCAUGUUCCUGAUUGUUCAAGGACUGGUUUAUCUCAUCCUUUCUAAUUCAUCUGAUAUUUUCUCCAAGAACAAGAUGAGAUCGUUCAGCUUCAAACGUGCUCGUUCUUUAAGCAUUCGCCGGAUCCUGGCUUCCAUCUCUGACUUUCCCCAAGGUGUCGAGCCAUCACCAUCAUCGACGAGUUUGAGGUCACCAGCUCAGGAAUAUCCCACAACUGAAGAAUAUGAAAGUUACUGAUUCUCAUGUUAUGGUACUUGGAUCAAAUUUAUUAGCUAUCUGUGCUUGUGUGUGAAACCAUUUUUUUAUUCUUUGGGUACCGUCGAAUGAAAGAAAUUUGCUAUUCGUUUGUCUGAUUGUAAAGAAUUAAUGCAUCAGGUACUUAGUUCCAUUGCGUAUGAUUUCUGUAAUCAUAUACACCGUAAAUACCUUUUCCGUGUAUAUAUUGUCUAAGAAGCUGAUCCCAUGUACAUUUAUAAGAAUUUAUGAUACUCCGAGUCUUCAUUUUCUUUGAAAUAUGAUGUCCGAUGUAUGUCCAAUAUACAUGAAUAUAAAGAUUUGACCUUUUAAAUA